GCAGAUACGCAGCCAGGGGUCUGACCGCACCAAGUGCUCUCAGGAGCCUGGGUCUGGCUAGGGAUGAGAAGCGGAGAGUGAGGGCUGGGAGGUGGCAGGACUCGCAAGAAGCUGCAAACCAAAACAAAAAAUCCAGGCAGAGGAGGAGAGAAAGUGUGAGCUGGAGCCAAGACCUCAGGCCAGGUGGCACUGGAGGAGAUGUCAUCACUGGUAAAGGAGGACCUGGAGAAGAAACUGUUUAAGCCACUCUCGCAGAAUCUGUACGAAUUUAUCGAAAUAGAGUUUUCAGUCCAGGAUAGGUAUUACCUCUGUGUGUCAGUGACCAAAAAUGAAGAAGUAAAAAUCAUUAUGGUGAAACACUACAGAGUAGGUUUAGAUGAAAAAUACGAAGUAACGAAAAAGUGGUCUUUGAACGAUCUGCAGAUGAUCGAUGGAAAAGAAGCAGAUACAGACAAUCCAUUUUUUGAUCUGCACUUCAAGAAAGUGUACAGUUUGGAAGCCUACAGUUGUGCUUCUAAAUAUGCCUUUGCUCGAACUGUAAACAAGCUCAAUCAUGCAUAUCUUAAGAAAGACUUACAAAUUGUGAACUUUGAUUCUACCUACAUUAAUGAUGAUUCUAUCUGGUCCUCCAACAACAAGGACUGCUUGGUCCUUAUGCGAAUAUGCUUUUAUGCUUUCAAUCUAGUGUGUCUGUCCCUGUGUCCCCUGCCACUCUGAAUAUGUAUACCACAUUCCUUCCUCGGUGUAUUGUGAAAAUGUUCCCUAAGUAAAUGUUGAGAGUCAUGAUUUUUUUCCCUUCAUCAGUGACCGUUAUUUAUAUGAAAUAAAGUGAUACCUUGUGA